AUGUCUGCCGAACAGAACAAUCAGCGAUUCCAGCUCGAAAAUGUCUUCAAUGUCAAGGGCCGAAUCGCCCUCGUAACUGGCGGCGGCUCUGGAAUCGGCCUAAUGGCCACCCAGGCCCUGGCCGUCAACGGUGCCAAAGUCUACAUCACCGGCCGGACAGGCGAGAAGCUCGACCGCGUGACUGAAUUGUACGGCAAGAACAUUCCGGGACAAAUCAUUCCCCUUACCUCCGACGUCACUUCCAAGGAUUCGAUCGCGCAACUGGUGAAAGAGAUCGAGUCCAAGGAAAAAGCGCUGCACAUUUUGAUCAACAACGCCGGCAUUUCCUCCAAUCCCGGCAACACCGAUGCCGAGGAUCCCAAACAGCUCCAGCAAGAACUCUUCCAAGAUUCGAUCAGCACCUUCGCUGAAUGGGAGAGCGUCUACCGGACCAACGUCACCCAGGCCUUCUUCACCACUGCUGCCUUCUUGCCUUUGUUGCAGAAGGGCACAGACCUUGACCACGGCUGGUCUAGCACCGUCAUCAACAUCACCUCCAUCUCCGGUAUUGUCAAGACCUCGCAGCACCACUUUGCCUACAACGCCAGCAAGGCUGCCGCCAUUCAUUUGAGCACGAUGCUGGCGCACGAGAUCGCUUCGUCUGGCUUGAAGAUCCGGGUGAACAACAUCGCACCGGGCGUGUUCCCGUCCGAGAUGACGGCGAAGAGCAGCGAUGAAAACCAGAAGAGCGCUCUUCCGAAAGAGAAGUACGAACAGAAGGUGCCGGCCAAUCGUCCCGGGAAGGAUGAGGAUAUGGCGGGUGCAGUCUUGUUUGUUGCUGCGAACCAGUAUUUAAAUGGGCAGACGGUGGUGGUCGAUGGUGGAUAUGUUUUGGCUGCGGGAACUGUUUAA